AUGGCUCCUCAAGCAGCGACCAAGAAGGGCACCAAGGGCCCCAAGUCCACCAAGAAGUUCAUCAUUGAUGCUUCUCAGCCCGCCAACGACAAGAUCUUCGAUGUCGCUGCCUUCGAGAAGUUCCUCCAGGACCGCAUCAAGGUUGAGGGCCGUGUCAACAACCUCGGAGACAACAUCACCAUCUCUUCCUCUGCCGACGGCAAGGUCGAGAUCGUCUCCCACAACGACCUCUCUGGCCGCUACCUCAAGUACCUGACCAAGAAGUUCCUCAAGAAGCAGCAGCUUCGUGACUGGCUCCGCGUCGUUGCCACCUCCAAGGGUGUCUACACGCUCAAGUUCUACAACGUCGUCAACGACGAGGCUGAGGACGAUGACGAGUAA